AAACUAGCCGACAAGAUUUAUGUAAACGUUGCCAGCUAGCAUUGGUAUACUUGUCAAUCGAAAUUAUCAAAAUACAUCUAUGAUUGAAUUCCUAUAGUCAUUUAGUUGUGCAGUCCAUUUAAACUUGCUACGUUUUGUCACUUGCUGUAAACGUAGACCUUAGCUAACGCCAGAUAACUAGCUAAGUUACUAGCAGUUUCCAGUGGGUAAACCUACGUUGGGAUAUUGAUCUGCAAUUUCAAAUACUACAUUUAGCUAGCCACAUGCUUUGAAAUAUAUUGAACAAGCUGGAAUCUCUUUAACUACUACCUGUGAUGAUUUAGAAUUCUAAACUAGCCGGUAUAAAAAUGCAAACAAUAUAUAAUGGCACAAUGAAAUAGGAAUCGUACCACAGUCGGCAGUGUGUGGCUAGAUAUGCAAUUGCUUUUCGUAGUUGACAGCUAGUUAGUUCAUUUUAAAUUUGUCCUUUUGCAAUCUUUGUAGCCAUUGUAACAGACUGGAUAGAGGAGGACAGAAGAAGAGGUAUUGUUACAUUGCUUGCUUUGUUGGUGACGAUGAGGCAAAGUAGCAUUAGUAUGGGUGUCUGCACGACUGCUGGCUAUGGAUCACAAAAGAUCUCUUUUUGUCAUGAAUGACAUCAUUACUACUAUGUUCAACAAUAAAUUCCUGGAAGAGUUGUUCAAACCACAAGAACUGUACUCCAAGAAGGCUUUGAGGACAGUCUUUGAUCGACUUGCCCAUGCCUCUAUUAUGAGGCUUAACCAAGCUAGUAUGGACAAGCUUUAUGACUUAAUGACCAUGGCAUUCAAGUAUCAAGUUCUUUUAUGCCCUCGACCAAAAGAUAUUCUUCUUGUGACCUUCAACCACAUGGAUGCAAUCAAGGACUUUGUAAGAGACACCCCCACUAUUCUCAGCCAAGUGGAGGAGACAUACAAGCAGCUCAUAGAGAUAUAUACUCCUAUGUCUGGUGGUGAAUUUCAACUAAUUAGACAAACACUGCUCAUUUUCUUUCAAGAUAUGCACAUAAGAGUGUCCAUAUUUCUGAAAGACAAAGUGCAAAACUCCAAUGGACGCUUUGUACUCCCCACAUCAGGACCCGUUCCAUAUGGGACUCACACUCCAGGACUUAUCCGGAUGUUCAGUUGUAAUGGUGAUGAGGUGAAGAGGAUACAGUUUCGUGAUGAUGGAAACUACAGUGCGGCUCUUCGUGAGGGAUCUUUCGAUUUGUUUGGUGACAGAGUUAUUAAACUUGGAACAAACAUGUAUAGUGUGAGCCGUCCUUUGGAGACACACAUGUCUGGAACCUCCAAAAAUUCUUUACAGCAUACCAAGGUCAACACAAUACCAAACCCCUUGGCCAAGGAGGAGCUCAAUCUUCUUGCUAAACUGAUGGGAGGACUGGAGGUCCAAAAUCCAAGCAACCCUGACUCUGGAUUCCGUGUUAACCUUUUCACUACUGAUGAGGAGGAAGAGGAAGCUUUGAUAUCAAGACCAGAGGAGCUCUCUUAUGAAGUUAUUAAUAUACAAGCAACCAAGGAUAAAAAGGCCAAUGCAAAGUUGGCAAAGAUCAUGGGUGAGUUUAGUGAGCUGGAAGAGCCUGCCCCAAGCUCCAGUAGCAAAGGUGAUGACCUGUUGUCCAUGAUGGAUGGCCUGUGACAUGGAGUGAAUUUGGCUGCUGUUAAGUGGUCAGCAUACUGAAAGCUGUUCGCACUCAGAGUGCAGUGUCUCACUCAAAGUGACAAGAGACCUACCAUCUCACACAAUAGCAAAAAAAAUGGAAGCUAACGUGUUUAUGUUGGUAGAGUCUGUCAAAGUCAGAUAUUGUCCAUCUUGUUUGGAUCCUCCCAAUGUUUGACAUUCUUUUUCUGAGCAAGAAUGCACUGUAGCCCUGUUGUGUAGCUGUGGAAAUUUAUAAAUCUUGUCAAGAGUAGAAAGUUUGCAAAGCUCACAGUUUUUCCAUCCACAAAUGCCUUUUAAUGUCUUAAUGGCCAUGGUUUCCCUCAAAAUAUACCUAAAGUACUGGUGAGGUUUAGUGAAUUAUUAAAAUAGGAAUGAAGUCUUUGGUUAAAAUGGACAUUAUUUCACAACAUCAAGAUGAUAACACUACUACCCCUUACCUGUCCACAAACAACUGAAUGCUGCUUUCAAUUUUGUUGAUGAUCAUAUUUUUGGAGAUUGGUUUUGCCAUUAUGUUUUUCCACACAACUUGGACUUAUCUGUGUGCUAAUGGUCAUGUGCAGUGCAUUUAUUAGGCAUGUUUGACUGUAGUGAACAUUAAAGGAAAAUUAAGGGGGAAUUGUCUAAAAUGUCCUUUUGAUUUUGAGGCUUUUCACACUUCUGUAAUAUCAUCUGCUGUGCCAUACAAGAUGUGAUGCUCAUGUAUAUCAAAUCCAUUGUAGAAUAUGUGCAUCACAUUUAGUGAUUAAUUAUCAGUGCAUAUCAAAAACAAAACAAUGUUGUAUAAGACUUGCAAAUGCAUAAAAAUGCCACCCGAGAAAUUCUAAAAGUUGUGUAACCUUUUAGACAAGAGUUUCAUGGGAUGUGUUUCUGUUAUAAAAUCAGAGAACGAGUCAAGAGGGUAAAGUAAAUUUGUCACAUAUUUGCACUUGCAUAAAAUGGAUCAUGAUGAUUUUGUUUUUAUUUUGGUUGGAUUUCUGUGCUUUCUGUUGAUAAACUAGCUGGCAAUGCCUAGCUGAAAGAUUAUAAAUACAGUUCAUAUUAGAAUCCAAUUGAUCAAACUCCACAUGUACAGACAAGGGAUUUAAAAAUGAAUGUUAAAAUUAAUUUUCCAAGUUCUCUCUACCUGCAGUCUGCAUUAGAUUUUGAGACUGCAUUAGAUUUUGAGAUGCCACAAGUUACAAUUAGAUCUGAAGACAAUGAUAUGUGAUUUCUGAUGUGUCUUAGAUGUCUCAGAGAAAAACCCAUGAAAGUGGUAUUCACUGAACUGCAAUAGAUCCACUAGUAAAGGAUAUGACAUUAUGACAACUGAAACAUAUUUAGAGAAGAUUUUUGAAAAAUUAUUUAAGCACAUGGCAGAUUCCUAAGUGCACUUGUCCAGAUUGUUUAGCGCAAAUCAUUUAAUCAACAGAAUAUUUGAGAUUUAUGUAAUUCACUACAUUUUAUAGCAUUUGUGUUUGUUUUGUCAGGAUUUAAAAGACCAGCCAUAUUAAAGAUUUUUUAUUUUGUCUAUUUUGUUCUGUGGUGUUACAGAGUAAAGCAUGGUAUUAUUACAUGACAAAACUGCAUUUAC